CGGAGCUGAUUAAGCGCGGACGCCGAGCCCAGCCCGCCUCUGAGCGCCUGCUGCGGGCGUGGCGACGCCAUGGAGCGUUUUGAUAAAGCGGCGCUGAACGCGCUGCAGGCGUGCGACUUCAGAAAUGAAAGUUCAUUAGCAUCCACUCUGAAGACGCUCCUGUUCGUCACAGCUUUAAUGAUCACUGUACCUAUUGGGUUAUAUUUCACGACUAAAUCUUAUGUUUUUGAAGGCGCCUUUGGGAUGUCCAAUAGGGACAGCUAUUUUUAUGCUGCUAUUGUUGCAGUGGUCGCCGUCCACGUGGUGCUGGCCCUCUUUGUUUAUGUGGCCUGGAAUGAAGGCUCACGGCAGUGGCGUGAAGGCAAACAGGAUUAAAGUGAACAUCACCUUUUGAUAGCAUUAAAUUGAUUUUUUUUAAAUGGUAAAUGCGUCUGGGGUAUUGAUGAUUUUAAUAAAGUUGAAAGAACAUGUUAAAAUCAAUCUUAUGGAAUCACGUUUGACUAGUGUAAAUUUUGAUCCUUCUAAAA